AUGCCAAUUUUUGCUGGUGGAAAAACAAGGUUUCAACCGGUUUAUGUAUGGGAUUUGGCAAAGGGGGUAAUUAAAGCAGAUCAACAAUUUGAAAAUUUUAAAGGAGACUUAUUUGAGAUUGGUGGCCCUAAAAUUUACACUUAUAAACAAUUAAUCCGAUUAACCUUAACUCAAGCUGGAUUACGACGUCCAAUCAUUUCAUUACCCUGGUCAAUUGGUUAUUUACAAGGUUUAUUAAUGGAACAAUUACCAAUAAAUCUAUUUACCAUAACUCGUGAUCAAAUCAAAUUACUCCGUAAAGAUAAUGUUGUUGGUGGUAAUGGUGUGUUGACUCUACAUGAUUUAGGAAUUGAUCCAACUCCACCCGAAAAAAUAUUGUACACAUAUUUACGGAAACAUGAAAUUAAUGCUAAUACACAAAACAAACGUACACAUCGCCCAAUCGAUAGAUCAAUAGAACAAGAAAUAGAAGAAGUUAAUCAGAUCAUUAAAGAUAUGCCCAAAGAUGCUUUAAAUAAAGAAGCUGAAUAUAGAAAAUUACAUGAAGAGAUUGAUAAAAAAAGAUCAAAUGAGAUAAAUAAUCGUCAAACAGUUGUCACGUCAAGUAUAGUGGUUCCUUCAACAUCUGCAGCUAGACGAAAUAGUCGUCAAGACACUUUGCCUAAACGGCGUGCAAGUAAUGAUAUGACUAGGCAAAAUUAUGAAGAGAGCAAGAGACCACGUUUAGAUAUGAAUAACUCUGAAUUAAAAAAACGUGGGCAAAGAAUGUUUGGAGUUUUGUUGGGCACAUUAACAAAAUUUAAAUCUGAAAGUCAAAAUAAGAGCGAGGCUGAAAUUAAACGAGAACAAAUUGAACAAAAAUUAAAAGAAAAAUUAAAGAAGGAUCAUGAAGAAUUGGUAGAAAAAAUGAAAAGAGAAGAGGAAGAACGUAAAGAAAAAGUGGCUAAAGACAAAAGAGAAGCAGAACAAAAGAGAAUAAACGAACUUGUAAGAUAUCAUGUAAAGCUUAUUUAUACGACUGCAUGCUUUGAACGUAAAAGACUUGAAAACAUUCGACGCAAUCAAGAAAUUCUUAAUCAACUAAGUAUUCCAGAGUUUGUUAACUCUUUAAAACCAGCUAAAAAGUUAAAACCAGAUUAUAACAAAUCCAAAAAGGCUGUUCAACCCAAAAUACCAACUCAACCAACCAGAAAAUCAUUACGUAUACGUGGUAAAGAACCAGUUGAUCAAGAAAACAAAAAAUCUAAUGUAAAAGAAGGUAAUGAUGUCGAUAAUGGUACAAAUAAAAGAAAAACCAGGAGUUCAUUGUAUCCAAUGGUGGAGGAGAAACGUGUUGUUCGAAGGGGUGAUUUAGAAUUGGAUAUAAUUAGAUCUGAUGAAACUUCUAAAGACGAUACUAAUAAAUUUAUAGCAAUUUUAUCAGAUUUAUCAAAAUAUAAAGAAGAUUUUAAGGUGGAGAUUGUAAAAAAUGUAGAUAUUAAUUAUGAAAAAAUUCCAGGUGGAACUGGUGGAUUAGAAUCAGUUAGAUCAACGUACAGAUCAUUUAGCAUAAAAACUUAUUGGCCAUCAGUCAAGGUUACCUACGAAAGAAUCUAUGCUAUGGCCAUUCAUCCGGCAAUUGAUAAAAUACUGGUAGCAGCAGGCGAUAGAAAAGGCACAUUGGGCUUCUGGGAUGUAAAUGAUAAAGAAGUGAUUAAAAAUGAACCACAUCCGAGGACAUAUAGUUUCAAUGCUCAUUCCGGCCCAAUCUCUUCAAUUAAGUACUCUCCCGUCGACUCAAAUUGUCUUUACUCAUGUUCUUACGAUGGAACAAUCCGUUAUUUGGAUCUUAACAAUCCCAAAUUUGUUGAAGCGUUUGUAUCCAAUUCAACAUACACUAUAAAUGAUUUUGACAUGGAUAUGUACGCCAAAAGAAUUAUUUUUGUAACUAAUAAUGGAUGGAUUGGUGCUAAAGAUGUUCGCGAGUCAUUAUCUAAAUUCGUUGAAUUUGAUAUUCAUGAUGGUAGUAAGGUUAAUUGUGUAUCGUUGAACCCAACUGACCCCAAUCUAUUAGUCACAGCAUCACUCGAUAAAACUGUUAGGUUAUGGGAUAUUAGAAAAAUGAAAUCAAGUGGACCAGCCGAGCUCCAGAUCUUUAACUUUGGUAAUUCUAUGACCAGUGCUAAAUGGAGUCCUGAUGGCAGUCAAGUUGUUUCAACAGGGUUUGAUAGUUUGAUAAGGAUAUUUGAUUUGAAUGAAGAAAAACAUUUGGAGGAAAGAAUACGUAUUCCACACAACAAUUUCACCGGAAAAUGGGUUACAAUGUUUCGUUCAAUUUGGAAUCCCAAUGCACAAUUACAUCCACACUUUGUUGUUGCUCUUAUUUUCGACGAGUGCCCUGUUGAUGGUUGGUCUUAUUUAGGCUUUAUUGAUUACGUGUCUAAAAAUUGCUUAUCAUUUACUUCUUGUGCUUAUAGGAUUGUAGAACUUCAAGUACAAGAAACACGUAGAUGA